CCUUAAUUGAAAAUUAUUUUGGUACGAAAAUAAAAACCUUAUACACAGAUGGUGGUGGUGAGUUUACGUCUCUUGCGCCCCUCUUAACUACACAUGGCAUUCAACACCUUAUCUCUCCUCCUUACACACCCGAACAUAUUGGUUCCGCAGAAAGAAAACAUCGUCAUGUUGUUGAAAUGGCAUUAACAUUGCUUCAUCCUGCCUCCGUUCCAAUUUCUUUUUGGCCAUAUGCUUUCCAGUAUGCCACAUAUCUUAUUAACCGUCUCCCCACUCCCCUGCUUAAUCAUCAAAGUCCCUUCUCUAAAUUAUUUGGUGAAUGUCCCAAAUAAAUUACAACCUCGCUCCCGCCCGUGUGUCUAUCUUGGUUUUUCCGCAACCCAUCAUGCCCAUAUAUGUCUAUACACC